AUGGAGGCGGGACUAAACCAGGCUGGGCUGCAGGAAAAAGGGCGGGGCCUGGAAACCUGUCUCUUGGCAACAGGCUGUGGCCGCCAAACCGUCCAAGCUAGAGCCUGUGGCGCGGUGGUCUCUGGGAAUUGUAGUGUAGCUGGAAGGCUCUCAGAAUUGUCAAGCUUGCAGGCUCUGCACCUGAGGACUACAACUCCCGACGUCCACCGGGAGGGCCAGUGGGUGGGAAUAGCCCCCAAGAGCUCCGUGCGGGAUUCUAGGCUCCCCUGUGACAGCCGCGGCAGGAAGGGGGCGGGCGCUCCCCGGCCACGGGCCUGUUGUUCUCGGAAGCGAGAAAGCUGGACAUUUCCCCCCGUAACUCCCAGCUCUGGGCCUAGAGUGUGCAUGGCGAAGUCCCCGGAGAACUCUACCCUGGAGGAGAUUCUGGGGCAGUAUCAACGGAGUCUCCGGGAACGUGCCAGUCGAAGCAUUCACCAACUGAAAUGUGCCCUGAGAGAAGGUGACGUCACUAUUGGAGAAGAGGCACCAAAGCCUUCCUUUAGCACCAGUGCAGGAAAUGAGGAUGCCAGGACAGCUUGGCUCGAAUUGCAGCAGAGCCAUGCUGUUAAUCAGCUCAAAGAUUUGUUGCGCCAACAAGCCGAUAAGGAAAGUGAAGUAUCUCCGUCAAGAAGAAAAAAGAUGUCCCCUUUGGGGUCAUCAGAACAUGAGGAAACCAGUAUGCCUACUAUGUCCAACCUCGUUCCUAUCAUUAAUGACCAGUCUCAAUAUAUUCAGCAUUUAGAGGCGGAAGUUAAGUUCUGCAAGGAGGAACUCUUUGUCAUGAAAAAUAGAAUACAAGUAAUUGUAUUUGAAAAUGAAAGGCUCCAGCAAGAGCUGAAAUCUCAAAGACAAGAGGAGACAAUGAGGGAACAAACACUUCUGGAUGCAUCUGGAAACAUGCAGAAUUCUUGCAUUGCAACAGGUGAAGAUUCUGGGGUGGGCGACACUGCCAAAAGACCAUUUUCUUAUGACAAUGCAGAUUCUGGGAAAGCUGCAUCUGCUGGUGAGCAGCUAGAACUGGAGAAACUAAAACUUACCUAUGAAGAAAAGUAUGAAACUCUGGAAUCCCAGUUGAAGUUUUUGAGGAAAGACUUAGCUGAAUAUCAGAAAACUUGUGAAGAUCUUAAAGAGCAACUAAAGCAUAAAGAGUUUCUUCUGGCUGCUAAUACUUCUAACCGUGUUGGGGGUCUUUGUUUGAAAUGUGCUCAGCAUGAAGCUGUUCUUUCCCAAACCCAUAGUAAUGUUCACAUGCAGACCAUUGAAAGACUGAUUAAAGAAAGAGAUGACUUGAUGUCUGCACUAGUUUCUGUAAGGAGCAGCUUGGCAGAAACGCAGCAAAGGGAAGCAAGUGCUUAUGAACAGGUGAAACAAGUUUGGCAAAUAUCUGAGGAAGCCAAUUUUGAAAAAACCAAGCAGGCUUUAAUCCAGUGUGACCAGUUGAGGAACGAGCUGGAGAGGCAGGCAGAGCGACUGGAAAAAGAACUUGCAUCUCAGCAAGAGAAGAGGGCCGUUGAGAAAGAUAUGAUGAAAAAGGAAAUCACAAAAGAAAGGGAGGACAUGGGAUCAAAGAUGUUGCUCCUGUCUCAGAAUAUUGCCCAACUGGAGGCCCAGGUGGAAAAGAUUACAAAGGAAAAGAUUUCAGCUGUUAAUCAACUAGAGGAAAUUCAAGGUCAGCUUGCCUCUCGGGAAAUGGAUGUCACAAAGGUGUGUGGAGAAAUGCGCUAUCAGCUGAAUAAAACCAACAUGGAGAAAGACGAGGCAGAAAAGGAGCACAGAGAGUACAGAGCAAAAACUAACAGAGAUCUUGAAAUUAAAGAUCAGGAAAUAGAGAAAUUGAGAACAGAACUGAGUGAAAGCAAGCAGCGCUUGGAACAGGAGCAGCAGAAGGCAGCCCGGGCCAGAGAGGAGUGCCUGAAACUAACAGAACUGCUGGGCGAAUCCGAGCACCAACUGCACCUCACCAGACAGGAAAAAGAUAGCAUUCAGCAGAGCUUUAGCAAGGAAGCAAAGGCCCAAGCCCUUCAGGCCCAGCAAAGAGAGCAGGAGCUGACACAGAAGAUACAGCAAAUGGAGGCCCAGCAUGACAAAACUGAAAAUGAACAGUAUCUGUUGCUGACCUCCCAGAAUACAUUCUUGACAAAGUUAAAGGAAGAAUGCUGUACAUUAGCCAAGAAACUGGAACAAAUCUCUCAAAAAAGCAGAUCUGAAAUAGCUCAACUCAGUCAAGAAAAAAGGUAUACAUACGACAAAUUGGAAAAGUUACAGAGAAGAAAUGAUGAAUUGGAGGAACAGUGCGUCCAGCAUGGGAGAGUACAUGAGACAAUGAGGCAAAGGCUAAGGCAGCUGGAUAAGCACAGCCAGGCCACAGCCCAGCAGCUGGUGCAGCUCCUCAACAAGCAAAACCAGCUUCUCCUGGAGAGGCAGAGCCUGUCGGAAGAGGUGGACCGUCUGCGAACCCAGGACUCAUAGAAGAGAGCCGAAAACAAGCAGGGGCCGCAGAGACACAGGCGAUGAUGAAGGGAGGAAAGGCCCAUUGCCACCGGAAGCUGAGGGAGAAGGAGGCUGUAGAGAAGUGACAGCUCUGGGACAGCAGGGCUCCCUGCUGAGACAGGCCUGCCUGCAAGGCCGAGCUGCUGCCGGCUGCCCAUGCUAGGCCUUGGAGGUGGCACCUGAUUUACUGUGGUCCUUCCGGGAGCCCUGGGGGCCUUGCCCAGCUGACUUAGGAGUUACCACAAAGUUAGCUACCUGUAAGACAGAUGGUGCUUGAAUAGAACAGCAAAUACACUGAAUAAAAUAAAUUAGAAAGCCUCCUCCUGAACCAAGAUUUUUUGGAAAGAAUUCUAAAUAGAUGAAAACAAACAAUUUGAUUUCAACCAAAUUGUUGUUUUUUUGUUUUUAUCCUGAUUUUCACCCGAAUUGUCAGGCUCCAGAAUAAACACUGAUACAUUCCCAGAAAAUAUUUUUCAAAUAAAAACUGACUCUGUUAAAGUUUGCCCUGAUUCUUUCAAAACUGUGUACAAGACACUGUCAACCAAAGUGACUUGCAUAUUUUUUUAAAUAAACUUGAACAUAUGCAGCUAAAA